CACAGAAUUUAUUCCUUACUAUUCCACAAAAACGGACGGUCCAGAUCAUCUAUGCAUGCCCCAAAAACACUAAUCGAUCACUCACCACAACACGCAAACACUAUCCCCAAUCCUUUUCCAUAGCUCAACGUGGAAAACGGAACGGCGCGGUCACUCAACUCAAACGGUGGUUUCCGCGGCGGUCUACGGUGCUUCUUAGUUCUCCGAUCAGUGAUAAAGUCUGCACGAUUCUACUGCCGUCUUCUGCUGUUUUGAAUUUUACCUGCAUUGUCGUCUUCCACUGUUCGUACCAAGAUGGUUGCCCAGAACUUUGUAGUUGAUUUGAAUAAGGCCCUUGUUUUCCAGGUUGGUCAUCUUGGUGAAGCUUAUGAAGAGUGGGUUCAUCAGCCCAUUGUUAGCAAGGAAGGCCCCCGUUUCUUUCAAAAUGAGGUUCUGGAGUUCUUGACCCUCACAGUCUGGUGGGCAAUACCAGUCAUUUGGCUUCCCGUUGUAUGUUGGUUUGUAUAUAACUCUGUACAAAUGGGCCUCAGCUGUCCUCAUAUAGCUCUGAUGGUGGUUCUUGGCAUUCUUGUGUGGACAUUGCUUGAGUACACAUUGCACCGUUUUCUUUUCCACAUUAAAACAAAGACCUACUGGGGAAAUACCUUGCAUUAUCUUCUACAUGGCUGCCACCACAAACACCCCAUGGAUGGUUUGAGACUUGUUUUCCCCCCUGCUGCAACAGCUAUAUUAUUGUUCCCGUUCUGGAACACGGUGAAGCUCUUUUCCACCCCUUCAACUGCUCCUGCUUUAUUUGGAGGCGGCUUAUUGGGGUAUGUAAUAUACGAUUGCACCCAUUAUUACUUGCACCAUGGUCAGCCAAGGACCGAAGUUCCCCGUAAUCUCAAGAAGUACCACUUGAACCAUCACUUUCGAAUCCAGGAUAAGGGCUUUGGGAUCACUUCAAAACUAUGGGAUAAAGUUUUUGGAACACUUCCUUCAUCAAAAGCGGAUGCGAAAAGUAUGUAAAUUUACUGUUAGGAAUAGCAUAAGUUGGUUGGUUAAAAUAAUAGAAAAUUCAGGAAUUCCUGUUUUAUUUGUCUAAUCAUUUAUUCUUCUCCCGAUUAAAGUUUGUGUGGGGUUAGCUUGCAAUUUUUCGACAAUUUUAUAGGGCCAAAGUUCUCCAAUGUGAACACUCUGUAAAAAUUGAUAUAUUUUAUCAGGUUUAUGGUGGAAAUCUUAUCUACUUGUGUAUAA